AUGCCUGCUGCAGUAGCCUCGCGCGCCCGCGACCAGAAGCCGUCCAAAGCGACCCGCGACUCGGCGCCGCCGGCAAAGAAGACGAAGCUCGCCCAGUCGCCGGCCACGAUUCGUCAAAACGGCCUCAAAGCACUGCUCAACGGGGGUGCAGCCCAGAAGCCCACCGCCAAGCUGAAUGGCGCCAAACCUGCGCGCCACGAUCGCGUCGACGAAGCCACCGCGGUUGUGGGCGGCGGACAGUCUGGCCACGGUGACGUCGACAUGAAGGAUGCCGCCAAGGAAGUCAUUGAGAUCAGCAGCGCCGAGGAGGAGGAGAGCGACGUGUCUGAGUCUGAGGAUGAGCCAGAGGAGGACGUCGACGAGACGGCACCUGCUGUGAACGGGCAUGGCGACGCCGAGGACCGGCUGAUGGACGACGAGACCGUAGACCCAGAAGACCUGUCGUUUGGCGACCGCCUACGUGCUUCCGAGCCAGAGCCCGUACGAGAGUCGCGUAUUGUAGACGUCGAAUCAGCGUUUGUUGGUGCCAACGCCGAAUCGAGGGCACUAGCCACAGCAGCGAACAGCCGCCCCCUCUCCGCGCCGUCAGCCUCGUCGCUAGGAACCGUCCUGACCCAAGCUCUGCGAACAAACGACCAAGAGCUCCUCGAGUCGUGUCUGCGGGUAAUCGACGUCGACACCAUCUAUGCCACCGUCGAACGUCUGCCCUCGCCGCUAGUCGGAACCCUGCUGCAAAAGCUCGCUGAGCGUCUACACAAGAAGCCUGGACGCGCAGGCAUGCUCAUGGUAUGGGUGCAAUGGUCUCUGGCCGCGCACGGUGGAUAUCUCGCAAGCCAGCCACAAUUGGUCAAGCAACUCACGACACUAAACAAGGUGCUCAAGGAGCGCGCCAGCGGACUGCAGCCCCUGCUUUCACUCAAGGGCCGCCUGGAUAUGCUGCAAGCCCAGCUCGAGCUGCGAAGACGGAAUCAGAAAGCAGCCAACGACGACGAAGAUGAGGCAGUCAUCUAUGUCGAAGGCGAGGACGACUACGUCUCGUCUGUCGAGGGAGAUGACGAGGAUGCAGCCGCUGGAUCUCGCAAGAGGAUACGACAAGACUUCGAGGACGAUGACGAGAGCUCCGUCGACGAAAUGCCAACAACAAUGGAAGUCGACGAAGACUCGGAAGAGGGCAGCGAAGACUCCGACGGGCUCAUCGAUGACGAAGCCGAGGAGACAGACGACGACGUGGGCGACGACAUCUCCGAGCCUAUGAGUGAUGACUUGGACGACGGAGAAGGCGUGUCGGAGAGUGAGGAGGAACCAAAACCAGCCAGGCGAUCGACUGCAGGCCGCGCAGGGCUGAAGAGCCGGCGUUGA